AUAGACCGUGACUAGUAAAACUCAAAUUUUUCUUUUUCAAUAUGCUUUUUGAUACCGUUACUGUGCUUUCACACUUCCUUCCACCGCGCUCUUUUUUCUUUUUCUUGUUUUGUUUUUAUUUCGGAAGCUUCCUAAGCACUAACCUUGCUCCACGCGUCGCGCCUGCCAUGACUGAGCGCUGAUGUCACCCAUUCCAUGUUCACGAAAAGGCAACGAAGCCUUAAACGGGGCCCCACUUCCCAAUACCAAAGUCUUGAUUCCCACGCAGCUUCUCCGAUUCUCCCUCAUCUCUGUGACUCUGUCUGUCUCAUUUAUAAACCCCCUCCCACUCCUCACCAUCUGGAGCAUUGCUUUUACUUCUCUCUUCUUGUGUGCUCAUGCCCUCACUGCUCAGAUCAACUGCAACUGACAACACAGCAUGAGCUCUAUUCACAACCGUCCGAUCUUAACUCAACAAAGCCUGUCCUGCACCGCGAAGAAUGGAAGCAUUUAUUAUCUGCUUUUGCUUGCUCUCCUGGCGUUGGAGAUUCCUUGGGCCGCGGCCCAGCCCAGCCCUCCCCAGGACCCUUACCAGUACGCCAAGUUCAGCCCCUCGAUGGCGAUAAUCGUCGUCGUUUUGGUUUCCGCGCUCUUCUUCAUGGGAUUCUUCUCCAUCUACAUCCGGCACUGCGCGGGGGCCCAGAGCGGCAACAGCGUCGCGGCACGCGUCUUCUCCCGACACGCGGCGGCCGCGCGUGGGUUGGAUCAGGAGGUGAUCGAUACCUUCCCCACGCUGGCCUACUCCACGGUGAAAGGGCUGAAGAUCGGGAAAAGCGCGUUGGAGUGCGCGGUGUGCUUGAACGAAUUCGAGGACCACGAAACGCUGCGUUUGAUCCCCAAGUGCGACCACGUUUUCCACCCGGACUGCAUCGACGCCUGGUUGGCUUCCCACACCACGUGUCCCGUUUGCCGCUCCAACCUCGUCCCUCAACCCGGCGAGUCUGUCCACCUACCCGCCGAAUUAAACACCCAGUUAGACGUCGAAGCCCAAAACGACGCCGUCCUGGAGCAGCCACCCAACCCAGAACUCCAACGAGAAGAGGAACACGGACCGGAAGAACCGGGCAAGCAGACGUUGAAUCGGAACCGUACACGUAAUUCAAGGUCGGGCCGGGCGCGUUGGCUUCCAUUUCCCCGGUCCCACUCGACGGGGCACUCGCUGGUCCCACCGGGCGAGAACACGGAGCGGUUCACUUUGAGAUUGCCGGUGGAGGUGAGGAAGCAGCUAAUGAACCGGCAUCUGAGCCGGGCAACAAGCAUGGUGCUAUUGCCAAGGGAAGGGAGUUCGAGGCGGGGGUACCGAACCGGAUGGGAGGGGAGUAGUAGAGGAAAGAAUUAUAGGCGGCUGGAGAAAGGGGACCGGAUGUUUAAAUCGGACAGGUGGGUGUUUUCCAUGACGCCGCCGUUUCUCAUGAGAGCGUCCUCGUUAAAGUCACCGAAGGUGGUCGCCACUAAUGAUGGCGAGGGCACUUCAAGUCGACCGGAAGGAUCAGGGAGUAACUCGGUCCGACCUCCGGUUUAAGGCACAAUUUUGGAUUCUUCCCCGCAAUUCUUGUAAAUUUUGUCAUGUCUAUUUCUUUUUUCUUUUUCUUUUUUUUUUUUUUUAAUUUUUUAAUUUAUCCAAGCAUCUCAAUUUCUUUUAA